CAAAUUCAGCAGGACAGAAGAGUAUGACAGCAGCAAUUACGUUUUUUGAUAUGUGCAAAAGAAGUGCAGGUAGGGGGGGAGUAAGGGAACUUUUUUUUUUUAUUGGAAAUUGGAAAGGAUGAGGUUGUAUGUACAGAUGGAUGCUUUUUUAUAUGGUAAAAUGGGUGUUGUUGCAAUAAGAACCACUUGCAUCCGUCUUUGUGUGGAUGGAUUAUGUAUAUGUGUAUGUAUGUGUAUGUGCAAGUGGAUCAUUAUUAUUAUCAUUAUUAUUCUAUUUCCAAACAUCGCACUCGGGAUGUCAAGGAUGUUGUGGCAGCCACUACAGCGGCAGCAGCAGCACUAGCAGCAGACGGGGCGGUGGAGUAUGGGCUGACCUGGUGACGAGAGGAUGCAAGGGCGGACGAUGAUGAGGACCAGCUUAAGAUCGGCCGACAUAAUGAUGGACGCGUG